CUCUCAUACGUAAAAUCAAGCGAAAUGUCGAAAUCACAAUUACCGGGGAUGAGUGCCAACGUCCAAGGCAAAUUGACAAGCUUAUUGAGGUCCUAUGUCAAGCAUCGUCCUUUGGUUCAGAAGACUUUCAUGACUACAUUCGCGCUCUACGUUAUCCUAGCUACCACUGCAGGCUUGCGUCCCAAGAAGAGGAAUCCUGCGAAACCGAAUCAGGUUGAACAACAGAAAGCUGCGGAAUCGAAAAAACCGACUCGUAGUAGGCGAAGAGGAGGGCCUCGGGUUGAGGUCGACGCAUUAUUUUUCGAGCGACUGAAUAGGAUACUUUCAAUUGUCAUCCCUAGCUGGAAGAGCAAAACUGCCUCUCUGCUCGUAAUUCAUUCGGCAUUUCUCGUCUUCCGUACUGUUUUAUCUCUUUACGUCGCUAGCCUAGAUGGCCAGAUUGUAUCCGCAUUGGUCAGGGGAGAAGGCAUGCAGUUUUUAUCCCGGCUUGCAUUAUGGAUGUCAAUAUCGAUUCCAGCCACUUAUACGAAUUCGAUGCUGUCUUACCUGCAAUGCAAGCUAUCGAUUGCUUACCGCACUCGGCUCACAAAUCACAUUCAUGACCUCUACUUAUCAGAUACGACAUUUUAUGCGAUCAACAAUCUGGAUGAUCGGAUUAAAAAUGUGGAUCAGCUCAUAACAGUAGAUGUAGCGAAAUUCAGUAGCUCACUCAGUGAGAUCUACAGUAAUCUCGCCAAACCAAUCUUGGAUGUGUUGCUUUACAAUUGGCAAUUGAGUAAGAAUGUGGGCGUGGAAGGAUUGGUUGGAUUGACGGUGAUUGUCCAGGCAUCAGCCGCUGUUCUCCGGGCUCUCACCCCUUCCUUUGGAAGAUAUGCAUCUGAAGAACAGAAAUUGGAAGGCGAGUUUCGAUUCACGCAUUCACGUCUCAUUGAGAAUUCAGAAGAGGUCUCUCUUUAUUCGUCCCACAAGUCACACGAGAUCGAGAAAAAUAUUAUCGAGCGAUCUUAUUUUGGCCUUAUCAAACAUAUCAAUUGGGUUUACAAAAUUCGGCUAUGGCAUGGUAUGAUUGAGGAUGGAAUCAUUAAGUGGGUGUGGGGUAGUCUGGGCCUCAUGAUUUGCAGUAUACCAGUAUUUUUCAACUUGGAUCAGGUCAACGUGAGCAAUCUUGUGACUGCUGCGAAGGGCAAUGAUAAUGACAUGGGGGGUAGGACUCAAGGCUUUGUGACCAACCGUCGGUUGUUGUUAUCAGCCUCUGAUGCAUUUGGGAGGGUCAUGUACUCAUAUAAAGAUGUUAGUGAGCUAGCUGGCUAUACUGCCAGAGUCGCCGAGCUUUUAGACACUAUGGAUAGUAUCAAGAAAGGUCUGUAUGACAAACGAAAAGUUGGGAAUGCAAACGAGGGCGAAACAAAAACUUUGUUACAGAAUCGAGGCACGAUCAAGGAAUCAGAUGAUGAUAUCAUCUUCGAUGAAGUUCCGAUCAUCUCUCCUAAUGGAGAUGUUUUGGUAAAAAGCUUGAGCUUUCAUGUUAAACCUGGUCAACAUUUGUUAAUAGUUGGUCCGAACGGGUGUGGUAAAUCGUCCCUGUUUCGCAUUCUCGGAGGACUUUGGCCAGUCUAUGGUGGCACUGUAACCAAGCCACCAGCCUCAGAAUUUACUUAUAUUCCACAAAGACCAUACCUAUCGUUAGGAACGCUUCGAGACCAAAUCAUCUAUCCCGAUACUAAGAUCGAGAUGCAUACACGUGGUGUGACGGAUUCGGAUUUAAUGCGCAUUCUGGCUAUUGUUGAGUUAGACGGGAUUGUUGAACGUGAAGGUGGUUGGGAUGUGACCCGUGAGUGGCGUGAUGCGCUCAGUGGUGGAGAUAAACAACGAUUAGCCAUAUGUCGUCUUUACUAUCAUUGUCCGAAAUAUGCUAUCUUGGAUGAAUGCACUUCGGCAGUGACCCUAGAUAUUGAGAGGGUUAUGUAUGAACACGCAACAGAGCUUGGAAUCACACUUUUAACGGUAUCGCAUCGACCAACACUCUGGAAAUAUCACCGCUUCAUCCUACAAUACGAUGGUCAAGGUGGCUACUGCUUUGCAGAACUAGAUGCUGAGAAGAGACUUGCUCUCCAAGAAGAGAAACAGGUAUUGGAGCAAAAACUUUUAGAAAUUCCUAGACUUCAAGCUCGGUUAGAAGAAUUAGAAGAAGCUAGAAAGAAUAAGGAAGAAACUCGUGAGACCGCAGGCCUUCCCCAAUGUUAAAAAGCCUGCACCUUUGACUUCUGAAGACUGGGUGUUUUGAGCUUUUCACUAUUAAAGAGUGUUUGCUUUUUAGUGAGUGGCUCGUGGUCGAAUCCAAUCCGAUCACAUGUUGUCAACGAGCCAGUUGGUUUUCUUUGACUACACCGGCAGCCGUGUAUUAUAGAUGUAACAUUUAGACUGUACUAUCGUCUUCCGUAUCUUUAAAGGAGGACGGUGUAUAGUAAAAACCUUUUAGAGUCACCUUGAUGUGCAUUUUGUUUUUCUAACCUUUUGUGACUUUUUAAUGAUAGCAUACACGGUUAUAUUUG